CUCUCUUUUACUCCUCACGGUGCGGCGUGGAAUACCGUGCGCGCACUUGAAUCUCUCGCACCAAGUCGUCUUGUGGGACGGUCUCGUUUCCUAUGGCGCGUCGCUGUCUCUGCUGAGCUCUCAUGCUUUUUGCAGCCUAUGAUUGAACAGCCUGUAAUCGCCGAUGAUGAGUGUAGAGGUCCUGCUGUUGGUUAUCUUUGUGGGUGCGAUUGUCAGCUAUUUUCUACUGCGUCCACGUGGAAUCGGCGAGGACACUGGCGGCAUGACCAAGCUUGCACCGAUCGAAGACUGGGACCCGAUUGUCGCAUUGAAGAACUCAACCGUCGCGAUGCGAGCAGCCAGGGUAGGGGCACCAACCUUGAAGAGUCUAUGGCGGCUCAAAAAUCCAUUCGUGUCGGACUCGGUGGAGCUACAGCUCUCCUACCGCCAGGCCUUAUACAAGGCACUUGCCAAAGUCGACGAUAGUGCAUGGAGAGGCAUCGCUCGGGUGGUGGCCGAUGCCGUCAGACCUCUUCUUUUCCGAUGCACAGCUCCGGAUGGUGUCUGUAUCACCGCCGACCUGCGACAGGUCAGCCUCAAUACCUCUCUUGCCGCCGUUCUGAAGGCUCUCUUCAACAUUGACAACAUCGCUUGCGACAAACUGAGCUACGUGGGCUCGGAAAUCCAUCGCAUCACUACAGAGGGCAAGCGACACGCUCUAACAGCUGACGCAUCCAAGGACAUUCCCGAGGAUGUCCGGCGUUCGGCGGAUACCUUGAUUCAAGCCCUACAGGACGUAUUCAUUGACGCUGCAGUAUCGACGGAGCUGGCGGAGACGAUCCUAUACCGCGUCUCGGGCUCCCCGCCCCCCGAAGAGUUCAACCCGCUGAACCUGCUCCUCCCCGCCUUUGAAGCCCCAUGGCGAUCGAUCCUCUACACCCUCCUCGCAGCUCUACAGCCCGGCCCACGGAGCCCAGAAUACGCCCUGACAUUGCGAAAUCGGCCGCCGGACCGUUCCCCAGACCCUCAGUCGUUAGCCAUCGCAUAUGAGUCCCUCCGCCUCUACCCGCCCAUCCGCCGCAUCAGCCGGGUUUUAAAAAUCCAUCGAUAUCGAAGCGAUCCAGCGGGACCCAUCGACCUGGGGCGCGACCGCGCAACAAUUUGACCCCGGGCGGUUUCUCACGCCCGACGGACAACAGAUCCGAUCGUCCUUGGUCGGAUCACAGCAAUUCGCCUGGAUUCCGUUCGCAAUCGGAACGAUGAAGUGCCCGUCCGCUCGGGUGUUUUCAGUCCGGAUGAUUGUUGUUGUCGUGGGCGAGAUUCUGCGGCAGUUGUUCCCGGACGACACCCCUAUGGAGUGGGAUUUGGAUGGGGAGGAGUGG